AUGACUGAUCUAAUCAGUCUCUCUGGAUGGCUCAAACGAAAGAUGUCAGUAUUUGGAAUAAAGGCGAAGAAGUGGUGCACAUGCACAUGCCAUACGUUCUUUAUUUUUUCUGACGAAAAUGCAAAAUUUCCAGAUAUGACAAUGACUAUCACAACAGAUACAAAAAUAGAGCAUGUUUGUAAAGGCAAAACUUUCAUGCUUACAGUUUGGAACUCCGACAAAGAAAAUGUCGAAUUAUAUGCAGAUAGUUCUGAAGAACUCAUGCGCUGGGGUACAGUUCUCAAAAACGCUCCAUCACAGACAAUUGUCCUCUCAAUUGAUGAUUUCACCCCAAUACGUGUGAUUGGAAAUGGAUAUUAUGGAAAAGUUAUGUUAGUCACUAAAAAAGAUACAGACGAGAAAUUUGCUAUUAAAUCAAUUCAUAAAAGUCGACUUAUACAAGAUAAAAGAAGUCAUUCUGCUCUCGCCGAAAGAAAUAUUUUACUUCGAGCGAGUCAUCCGUUCAUAGUUCAAUUAAAAUUCGCUUUUCAGACUCCAUCGAAAUUCUACUUUGGUUUAGAGUACGCUUCUGGCGGCGAACUCUUUGCCAGGGUUCAGAAAAGUGGAGGAUUAUCAGAAAAAGAAGUUCGAUUUUAUUUAUCUGAAAUUGUUCUUGCGCUUUCAUAUCUUCAUUCGCUUGGUAUUAUAUAUAGAGAUCUAAAGCCAGAAAAUAUUUUACUUGAUGAGGAAGGCCAUGUCAAAUUAACUGAUUUUGGACUUUCCAAGGACCUAAACGCUACAUCAGGUGCUCAAACAUUCUGUGGCACCUACGAAUACAUAGCUCCAGAGAUUGCACAGCAUCAACCUUACAGUUAUGAAGUAGAUUGGUGGGCAAUCGGCAUUCUCGCUUACGAAAUGGUUAUGCAAGUCACACCAUUCUUCGAUAAGAGUCAGAGCCGCAUUUUGGAGAAGAUUGUAAAUGAAGAUGUUUCUUUUCCAGUUGAAAUUCCAUCAGAACUUGCUUCUUUGAUCGCAAUGCUACUUAGAAAAGAUCCAAAGAAACGUGCAAAGUACGAAGAUGUCAUCCAUCACCCGUUCUUUAGCGGAGUUAACUGGGAUGACGUCUACCAGAGGAAAAUAAAGCCUUAUUACAUUCCAGACAAAGUAGAGACAGAAGCUAAAAAGCAGAAAGAUAAUAAUGAAGAUGAUACUGCAAUGGAUAGCUACGGAACUCCUGUUCUUGGUGAUGAAGCAAACGUAUCCGGAUUUUCUUUCACCGGACUGAGUGAUAGCGAUGUCCCUGAGCCGUCUCAGAUAGAUGCUAAAAAGGAACUUUCAGUUCCUGAUCUGCUUUUGUUCCCUGAAUUUAAUUAA